AUGGAACCAGAUGGAACCGAGAUGCCACAAUCCGCUCUCCAAAGGAGCAGGUCAGCUUGCUCGAGCUGCGUCCACAAGUUUCUGAUUAGAAUGGCCUUGAAGGAACUUAUCCAGCAUUUUCGGAAUGUCUUCCCGCAUAUGCUGAAAGGGUUCCCAAGUAGGCUCCUCCUGCGCGAAGCCACGCCACGCGCACUGAACUACAAACUGCUUGCGGUCUUGGUUGCAUUGCAAACCAAGAAGCUUGAUCACUGUAUUGUAAUGCGUCUCGUUGUGGUCGAUGGUAUCUAG